AUGGCGUUGAUCGGCACGAUUGAUCCGUACGUGCCAGGUACGAAAUUCACUAACUAUGUGGAGUUAAUAGACUACUUUUUUUCAUCAAAUAACAUUGCGGAUGAUCGCAAGAAAGACAUUUUCUUGAGUUGUGCGGGUCUGGCAGUUUUUGAGGAGCUCAAGCUGUUGUACCCAGCUACCGACCUUAAAACACUAUCGUACGCGGAAAUCACUAAAAAGUUAAAAGAGAGAUUCGACAAAAUUGAUUCGGAGAUAAUGUUACGAUACAAAUUUCGUUGUAGACGCCAGAGUCCAAGUGAAAGUGGCGAAAACUUUAUUUUAGCGGUGAAACUUUUAGCAGAAUCGUGUGAUUUCGGUGCUUUUCGAGACUCAGCUAUUCGAGAUCAGUUAGUUUUUGGUGUUUACAAUAGGGAAUUACAGAAGCGGUUGCUUAACGAAGAAGACCUCAAUGUCCGUUCCGCGGAAAGAAUAAUUAAGGGUUUUGAAAUGGCGAAUAGUAAUACGCAGUAUUUCCACUCAGAACCAGGCGAAAAUCAUGGCGUAGUCAAUUCGGUGAAAUAUAGGCUCGGAGAUAGGCAAUCUAGGGCGGAUAGACAUGAUCGCAGCCGGAGUAGGUCUAUGGACAGACCCUAUUAUAGGAAUCAGGGUUCUCGGAGUAAUUACAGGCAAGAUUACAGGAGGUAUGAAGGACGUUCGAGGUCGGGCCACAGGAGUUCGAGUCGAGGCAGAUAUGCAAAUUUUGUGUGCCAUUUCUGCAAGAAACGCGGCCAUAUUCAAAAAAAUUGCUAUCGGUACUUAGACAGCCAGAAGAGUUCCGUAAAGUUCGUGAAGGAAGUACAUACGGAGAAGGAAGAUGAAAACGCUGCUGGAGAUGUUCACGAUUACUUCAAACGGCUUCGAGUACAGUAUGACUCCGAUACUGAGGAAGAAGAGUGUCUCAAAAUGUAUUACAGAUCGCCAUCGGGUCAACCCUCGUCUCGGCCCACAAGGGGCAGGUGAGAAUUCAGAAUAGCCAGACUGGACGAAGGCGUAAUAGUACGCUCCAGGUUCAGCAGCCUAACUGUGAGCAUGGGAAAACGCAGCCAAGCCGAGAGGAAAUGGAGGGAUUGCAACAGGACGAAACGCAACAACGAGGAUCAAAGAGAAGUCUCACGGAACGGGAUGAUAGCGAGGAUGAAUUCUACGGGUUCCCGUCCAGUGCAGAGCAACCGUUGCCAGCAAGUAGUGAGUUGCAUCCCAAAUCCUUGCAGCAGCAGUUAGGGCAGCAUUCUACAUCUCAAACCUCAGUGCUACGAAGAUCAAGCAGAUUAAAAAAGAAGAAAAUUGAUGACGCUUUUGUCUAUACAAAAUGAACUAAAAUGUUUAUACAAUUUAAUGAAGUAUGAAAUAAUAUUUUGAACUUGUAUAUAAACUUUCUUAAUUCAAUCAAAGGGGGAAGGUAUUGUUGAGUAUGACGAUUUCGUUCAGUGCACCUAUGGGAAGCGAAUACCGCCGACGGCGGAUAUCAUAAUCAAUAUGCUUGUAGUUGUAAGAUACUAUUGGAUACAAUGUUUACUGUUGAUGUUGAUAGCCCUUUUGAAGAAGAAAUACAAUCACCUAUUGUUGACAUGGGAUAUAAAUAAUACGAAGCUAAUAAACGUGAUCAUUCGAAAGUUGAACAACAAACCUGGUGUUUAGUUUAUUUCAAGAACGUAUAGGUUUCCACGGAGGUGCGCCGUCGCAAUAACCACGCCAUCUUUCCUCAGGGUUGCAAUGUUUCCAUUGAACAGGACUUCAACGCCAGCGUUUGUCAGCUUCUUAACGGACAACAGGUUCUCUCGAAGGGACGGCACGAACAGGACAUCUCUUGCUUCCAUGAUUACUCCACGGUUACUCAAUCCCUUGAUCACGCCUGAUUUCUUCGCGACCAGAGAUUCUCCAUGCUUUGCCACGUUAAUAAUUACCUUGUGUUGCAGCUCCUUCAGCGAUGAAAAGUGUUUCUUCGAGUUUACUAGAUGCUCGCUAGCACCCGAAUCCAGCAGAAAUUCCAGGUUCCUGUCGCUCUCUUGCUGAGCUGAACCGCUGUCCAUGAACACCACCGACUUGGAACCGGAAGCCAGAUUUACAUCACCUUUGUUCAUCCUGCAGUCGCGCUUCAUGUGGCCCUUCUUUCCGCAGGCGUGACACUUUCCGAUGAAUUUUUCCUUCGUCUGCUUCUUCUUUCCAAUGAACGCCGCCGGUUUUUCUUCAAAACUGUGCAUCCUGUCCAUCCUUUUGGAUUCUUCACUGAGUAGCCGAGUCUUCAUCAGCUCGUACGUCAGUUCAUCCUCCGGGAGAUUCUCCAACGCCGUCAUCAACGGGUCAAACGAUUCGGGUAGGGUGAGACUCAGUGCUGAACAGACAUCACUCUCCUCAAGCUUAGAGCCAGCCACACGAAGCUGCCGGAUCAGGUCCUCGAACUGCAGCAGAUGUCCACGAAGCGAUGAACCUUCCUGCAGACGGAGGCGCGCAAUCUGCUUCCUAAUGACGGUCUGCCUUCCUGCCGACUUCCUGGCGAAAGUUUCUUCGAGGACUCUCCACAUAUCCUUCGAGGUCUUCUUUUCCCGAACACAUCCGAGGUAUUCAUCCGCAAUCAAGCUUACCAGCAACGACUUGGCCUUACGAUCCAUUUCUUGAAACUUGGACGCCGCAGCCGCUUCCACCGGAGCAUCCUUUUCUACCGCGUCCCACACACCAGAAGCUUCAAGGUACACCUGGACUCUGAAUUUCCAGGUAUCGUAUCCAUUUCCCGCGAACUGAGGGAUUCCAUGGAUGGCCGCUUCCUUAUGCUUAUCGCCCAUAACCUCUUGAGAUCCGUAAACCGUUAGAAGUGUAGUAGGACUUGGUUUGAAAGAAUAACGUGUUGCUUGAUCGAAGGUUUUAUUGGGAUUGACAAGUAAAAGAAAACUUCUUAACUCUACUUUAAAACUAUGGGUUGCUGUGAUCCAAUUGCUAGGUUCACAACACAUUCCAGUUCAAAUUUGAGUCGAAUGUGAGUCCCAGGGAUUUGAAACAUUCUACUUUAUCUAUCUUAGUAGAAUUGACGAUAAGGUCGACAUGGGGCGAUGUUUUCAUCCAGCGAGAGUGAAAUAUCAUGUAUUUCGUUUUAUUGAGGUUCAAGGAAAGCAGGUUUUCAUCGAAGAACGCUUUCAGCAUCUUCAUGUCUUGUUCCAUGUGGUGGAUAGCUUCUGAUGUAGUCAGAAUUCUAUACGACAACGAAGUGUCGUCUGCGAACAGCCGUGGCUUUCCGUGCAGUCGAAGGUUAGGAAAGUCAUUUAUGUAUAUCAGGAACAGCAACGGGCCUAAAUUACUGCCUUGAGGAACACCGACGGUUGUGGGAGAAAGGGAGCUUUUUGUGCUGUUAACAAGUACAUACUGCGAUCUAUUGCUGAGAUAGCUGCGAAUCAAAGCGUUGCACGUUCCUCUCACGCCGUAGUAAUCAAGUUUACGAAGUAGUACUUCAUGGUUUAUCGUAUCAAAUGCCUUCUUUAGGUCUAGGAAAAGCACUCCAACAAUGCUGCGAUUAUCAAAGGCUUCAUAGAUGUCAUCCACUAGCUCGUGCGCUGCUGUUAAAGUGCUAGAUCCUGUUCGGAAUCCAAAUUGGCUUUUAUAUAGGAUUUGAUGUGCCUGAAAAAAUCUGGACAGCCUGUCGACCAGAAUUCUCUCCAACACCUUGCCAAGAACGGAUAGAACCGAUAUCGGACGAUAGUUGUUGACAUCCGUUCUGUCACCUGACUUGAAUAUCGGUGUUACUCUUGCUAUCUUUAGACAAUCCGGAUAAUUUCCAGUGACUAAACAUUCGUUGAAAGUGUCUUUUUCUUCUCGUUGAAAGCCGCAGGGAUGCCAUCAGGCCCUGGGCUUUUCUUGACAUCGAGGUCUUUGAUCAUGAGAACUACUUCUUGUUCAGUGGCUGGGCUCACGAAAAUGGAGUUCGGCAGGCGAUUCAGCGUGUUGAAUUUAUUUAUGUCCAUGUUGCUGCUGAUUGAAGAGGCGAGCUGCGGCCCGAUGGAAGUGAAGAAUUCGUUGAAGUGAUUAGCUACUGCUUCUCCUGAUGAUUCGUUGCGUCCAUCGAUCUUUAACGUGAUGUCUUCUGAAGAAUCUUUGGUGCGUCCAAUAACAUUGUUAAGGUUUUUCCACAUUGACCUCUGAUUUCCAUUGUUAAAUAAUCCAGUAUAAUAAUUUCUUUUUGCUAAAUCCUUUUCUUUCUGAACUUUUUUUGAAACAUAGCUUAACAUUAAUCGCGCUUCACCAUCAGAAGGGCGUCUACGAACAGCUUUAAGGCAAUUUUAUUUUAUACGUAACCACUUCCAUAAAUGUAAAGUCAUCCAAGGACAUUCGCCUUUAACUUUUGCUUUAACAGUAACAACUUUUGAAAAUUUUGCACGAAGUUGUCUAUAGGUUUCUAUAACGUAUUUGAGUUUUUCUUCUGAUGAACCCUGAGGUAUCUCAUUCAUUGAUACUUGGAAGGCACUAUUAAGUCUAGCAUUAUCGAUAAUUGUAGUCUGUAGCAUCCGUUCAGUUACUGGUUUUUUGAGAGGGAAUGUAGACAUGAUGAAACAAUGAUCACUAAAGUCACAAAAGAUUGUUUCGUUGAUUACAGACGAUUGCAAUGUCUCAGAACAAACCACAUGAUCCAAUAUGUUAUCACUAACUAA